UGGCGUGAAACGAAUUUAUAUAAUAAAAAUUAGAUUUCUAUCUCAUAUAUAAAAAAAUAAGCAUACUAUGCUUUAAAAUCCGAGCCCAAAUAAUAAUUAUAACUCUUCGGUCAACUGCAUAAUACGUAUCCAUGUGCAGAGUCAGUCUUGUUUCAGAGCUUUAACUCGAUGAUCCGUGUACCAGUAAGACAUUAUCGUUCCUUUUAUAGUUCAAAGUUUGAAUACCGAUGGCAAUAUUGUAACAUACUAUAUAUUAUGCAGGAUGUCACCAAAUAAAAGUAAUAGAAUUAUUUUAUUAAGCAAAGUGAUAAUGAACAGUAAAUUAAAUCGCAUUAGUCUUGUAAAUAAUAAUAUCGCAGGUAAUCAGAAAAUACCAUAAUUUAUGUAAAAGCAUCGUUAUCAUCAGAAACUGCCUAAGAAUAUAAUGCCAACUACAGUUGCAUAUAGUUUUAUUUUCAUUAUUUUCAAGAAGAAUUGAAUUUUAUCAUCGUCAUAUUUAACAAUACAACCUUAGUACAGCCAGUUCUGCGUUUGUAAUUACGAAAUAUUUCGACAAAGAUGACAGUAGAUUGAAAUGGGAAUUUUUCAGCAAGAUAGUGGACACUCAGAUAUACAUAUUUUAAUAAUGCUACUCAAAAAAGGAUUUAUCUUACAAUUAACUAUCAAACAAUACAUUCAUAUUAUGAACUCUGGAUGUUUUAUUAAUAUACGAUUAUUAUUGUUGAUAAUCGUCAUUGCACGCGAAUAUAAACGAGGGAACUGUAGUUCAACGGAUUGGUGCAAAACAUUCAAAAAGAUUAUCGUAAAUAUCCAGCCUUUCAAGGUACACUACAGUAUAGAGAUAGUGAAAAAUAUGGAUAAAAUGAAAAAAACAAAAAUUUCAUUUAACAUAGUUCCCAUUAGUAGUUCUAAUGAACAAGGUGUAAUUAAUUCUAUUGAAAAAUAUUUUAUUCAAGACGAACCUUUAAAUGCAAGUGUGGAAUUAUUUAAAGAAGAAGAAUCGGUGUUAAAAUAUCGAAAUUUUUGCACCAAUUUAUUGUAUACCGGAUUAUCAUUAAUGGCAGUAUCUGAAACUGGUGAAAUUAUGGGUGCCAUUCUCAAUAGCGUAAUGAGCAAGGAAGAUUAUCUAAUACAACAGUACGGUGACGAGAACUUUGAACCAAGUUCAAGGUUUGAUGACAUUGAGGUUUUAUUAAACAAAGUUCGACGAGAUAUUGAUCUAUUUGGGCAGUAUCCAAACAUAGACGUAGAUCGUAUAAUGGAAUUAAAGCUUAUUUCAGUUAAUGAGGCAUAUAGAGGACAAGGCGUUUGCAAAGCUCUUGUGAAAAAAUCAAAAGAGUUGGCAUUAGAGUUGGGGUAUCAAAUGAUGUACGUGGAGUGCUUAAGUUAUUUUGCAGCAAAAGCUAUGGAAAGAUUUGGAUUUCAAUGUAUAUACUCCUUGUCUUAUUCGGAUUACGUGGACAAAAGAGGCAAAGUAGUAUUUGAUGCGGUACAGCCUCCUCAUGAAUGUAUCAAAGUGCAAUUAUUACUCCUCUAAAAUAAUCAAUAUUUGUUCAUUAAUUAUGCGACAGGUUAAACUCAAAAAUUAUUAUAUAAAUAUAUACAGUUUCAACGCUAUAGAUAUUCAAUAUAAAUGUAACACUAAAUUUUUUAUUCAAUACAUAAUAAUGAAAUAACAUACAAAUAUAAUCUGAAAUUUAUUACACAAGGAACAAGAAAUAUUUUUAUUUAUAA